AUUUCUACCAUUAUCUUCACCUAUAAUCAUAGAUCCGGGAAUCUUCCCUCACGUGACCUCGUUGACAUAAUGAUCUAGGUCUAGUUGAGAUUUCAUUGUACCAUUCUUAAAUGGAAAAGAUUUUGCGUCCCAAUAGGCUGGAUACCGAUCCAAGUUCAACUGAUGCUUCAGUUACAUGGAAACUUGGAUUUCUUGUUUUGACAGAUUCGCAACAAAGUGAAUGCAAGCCUCCACAGAUCGCUGGUAUAGAUUUCUAGACUUAGCAGAGAUCUCUUAAGUACUCUACUUACUGAAGAUGUCUUCGACCUUGAACUACGUCUUCGCUCUUGUGGGUGCAGUGCUGACAUUGAGCAUUCUGUCUGGUAUUGUUUAUCAUGUUUGUCCUAAUCAUACUGGGCAAUGGAGCUACAAGACACCCGAAGCAGACGAUAUCGUAACUACUUUAUCCGUAGGACCAUGGGCACGAUUGACAUCAUCUUCUUCUGGAUUAGAACUUACAGCCAAAGAGCGCUUCACGGAUUCAAAGCUGCCUGUUAGAGGUUACUUGGGUCGAAAAAAGAGUGGCCACAAUAUGGUAAACUGCAAAAACAAAAAAGAUGGGUUGUGUUUCAAUCGCAAAGAUGGAUUCCGGUUAGAAGUUUUCUCCAGCGCUAUAAAACGCAAGCCUAUACGCAAAGUGAAAGAUCUUGACUGUAUCACAAUCUCGUGGGAGCCGCCCGCCAACUCAAGCAUCAAGGAGACACCCGAAGACUGUUUUGAUCUGUCCGGAUUUCACUGGUUUGGGGGGUUUGAGGAGUCGUGCCAGACGUGGCCAAUGAACGGGUACAACAUCAACUCUUCUGCAUUCAUCACCGCAGACUCCUACAUGGGUCGAGUGUUUGGCAGCGUCAUUGAAGGGAUAUUUUUAUCCUCUUCUGGUCUAGGGAUCAUCGUGGAGGAGACGACGCCUCUUUAUGUAAGCAUUAACCAAGGAGGGCUGCCCCACUUGUGCCUGAAAGGAAAGGUUGGUGAGGGAACGCCUUUCUUCAACGUCACCAAGCCGUUCCUUCAAUACGACGUCUGCUUGUCUGCUAACGUGCUUACAUUGUGGCAAGGAAUCUCCGCAAGACACAUACCGACGCCAGCAUUUGCACCCUCGUUUGAAGUCAUAAAGCGCCCCAUAUGGUGCACUUGGGCUGUUUAUUAUGACAAGAUCAACCAAUCUAUCAUAUUAGAUUACGCCAAAAGUAUCAGAGCUCACAAUUUGAGCGUUUCUCAACUGGAAAUAGACGAUUCAUGGACUCUUCAUUACGGAGAUUUUAACUUUACCACAGAUCGCUUUCCAGACGCCGCACAGAUGAUACAAAAUUUGACAGACUUGGGAAUCCCGGCCACCGUUUGGGUUCAUCCGUUCUUUAACAAAGACUCUAAAACAUAUCAACUGCUAAAGGAAAAAGGUUUCCUUGUUAAAGAUAUCGACUCUGACAAUCCCCACUCAGUGAGCUGGUGGAGGUCUAAGAAUGAAUCAGGGAUUUUGGAUGUGACGAAUCCAGAUGCGGUGCAAUGGUACCUCGAUACCUUGAAUUACUUAAAAGUAACAUUUAACGUUACGUCAUUUAAGUUUGAUGCAGGGGAGGCAAUCUGGUAUCCAGGUAAAUAUAAGGUGCAAAACCCGGUUGCAUCCCCUAACUAUUUAUCGAGUAAAUACAUUGACUUAGCUCUCCGGAGUGAUAUGAACCAGAAACGCCAGGAGAUGAGAGUAGGCUUUCGGAGUCAGAAAUCAUCAUUGAUGAUGCGUAUCAUUGACAGAGAGAGCGACUGGAGCCACACGUUGGGAAUCAAGACUGUUAUCCCAGCAUCCCUUGUUUUUGGAAUGAUGGGAUACCCUUACAUUCUCCCAGACAUGGUUGGUGGGGACGGCUCGCCCGACAAAGAACUGUUCAUCCGUUGGCUCCAGGUCAGUACGUUCCUGCCUGUGAUACAGAUCUCAAAUCCUCCUUGGCGUUUCGGUGACGACGUGGUGCAGUUGACCCGGAAAUUCCUUCAACUCCAUGAGGAUUAUGCCGACGACAUAUUCGAUCUGGCCCUUAACGCGAUCAAGACCGGCGAGCCGAUUAUCAGGCCCUUGUGGUGGAUCGCCCCGCAGGAUGAGGACGCUCUUCCUAUCGAUACGGAAUUCCUACUGGGCAACAACCUGCUUGUGGCUCCUGUAUUGGAGUGGGGAGCAAGAUCACGUGACAUUUAUUUACCAAGCGGUCAAUGGAGAGACGAAAACACUGGAGAGAUUGUGCAGGGCGGAGUCUGGCUGUUGAACUACGCUGUUCCCCUAGAAGUCUUGCCGUAUUUUACCAAAAUCGCGUAGCAGAAAUUUUUCCGUAGAAAGCAUUACAUUUUUUUUCUUGAUUUUUUUAAAUCACUUCUUCUUUUAAUAAAUUCUGAACAUAUAAAGAAUAAUACUUUUUUUUUAAACCAAAGAGAUAAUUCACUUGAAUUGCUAUUAUGUAUGGAUUCGUGGAAUGUUCGUGAAAUUGACAUGAAUUUAUGUCUUUAUGUUAUAGAUACCAGAUAAUUAAUCAGUGUAUUGAUUUUCAGGAUUUAAAAAAAAAACAAUUCAAACUACAUGUGACAAUAUCCCACGUAGAAGGAAGACAUGUGACAAUAUCCCACGUAGAAGGAAGACAUGUGACAAUAUCCCACGUAGAAGGAAGACAUGUGACAGUAUCCCAGGUAGAAGGAAGACAUGUGACAAUAUCCCACGUAGAAGGAAGACAUGUGACAAUAUCCCACGUAGAAGGAAGACAUGUGACAAUAUCCCACGUAGAAGGAAGACGUGACAAUAUCCCACGUAGAAGAAAGACGUGACAAUAUCCCACGUAGAAGGAAGACGUGACAAUAUCCCACGUAGAAGGAAAACAUGUGACAGUAUCCCACGUAGAAGGAAGACAUG